UCGUGAACCUCACCCCGACCUCAGGCGGCGGGCGGCGGCGCCCCGUGCCGAGUGCCGACGCCAGGCCCCAGCUGGCGCUGCACACCUCCGUCGCGCUCCCGUACGCCAGAGAUUCCGAUUCCCGUGGUCCUUCCGGCCCCUUGACGCCCCUGCUAAUACUCCCCAAAGAAACCUAUUCGACUGACGCAGGGGCCGCGCCGGCGCACAGCCGCGCUCCGACCUGAGUUCGGCAGUCUCUGAAAAAACGGCGACAGUGGCAUUGUGGCACCGUAGCAGAAGCAACUGUCAAGUACCGACCGGUACCAGAUUUCAGCUUUGGUUACUUUGGCGAUUAUGAUGAACCGUAAAUUCGUGAACAUGAUAGUGAAUGAUUACCAGAGUAGAGUUUAUUCGGUGCGGCGUAUCAGCCUCAAGCAGCAUCUCUUCCACCCAUCAACAGAAGAUGCACAGAAAGCAGCAGCAACAGCACAAGCGGCAGGAGCGAGUAAGAAGGGAUGGCGGUCAAGGAUUUCGAGCUUCAAGCAUCUACCCAAGCCGAACAUCAAGUUCUCGAUGCCGGCAAAGGGAGCCGAAUUAACGACCAUGCAUUUCUUCUCCCUUCUUAAAGGGCAGGGAGAGGGUUCCGUCAUGUUCGUCGGCCCUUUCUACAGCACCGUGAUGUACGACCUUGACUUGGAGUCCGUCUUUCCCAUGCCCCAAGCCUACUUCUGCAAGCCCAGCGGCUCAAUCUCCUUGUCCAUGACCCGGCGCAGCUCUGGCCAAGAUGAGCAACAGCUCUACAUCAUGGGCAACGGAGACGAAGAGGAUGGCAGGUUCGAAGUCUUGAACUACAGCAGGACCGGCUUCCCUGAAAAUCUAUGUGUGGACAUGGAACAGUGGUGGAAUUGGAAACCGCUGCCAUCGCCGCCCAUACCGCCACCUGACACAGGCAUCGACAGGAAAGCGUGUCCCCCCUCAUCGGCUGCGGUGGUGGAUGACACGACUAUAUGUGUUUCGUCCGUGGAUGCUGGCGCAUUUGCCUUUGACACGGUGAAGACCGAGUGGAGACGGGCCGGCAGCUGGGCACUACCCUUUCACGGCGGGGCGGAGCACGUCCCUGAGCUCGGCCUCUGGUUCGGUCUCGCCGCCAUUGACAGCCCCGACCACAGCCUGCGCGCUUUUGACCUCUCCUCCUCCUCCUGGCCGCCUGUGGUGCAGCAAGACUGGAGCUACCUCGAUCCCCUGCCCGACGAGUGGGUCCUGCGGCAGCGGCACCUAGUGAACCUGGGCUCUGGUAAGUUCUGCAUAGCCACCAGCUUUGAGAAUGUUGAGAGCCACGCAGCAGCAUACUCUUCUGCACACGGGCUGGACGAUUACCUCGUGAUCAAUGAUCUUACCGUCUUGACGGGUGUUGAGCUGCUGCGCGGUGACGAUGGCCUGCAGAUGAUCAAGCACAAGUCUAAACGUUACACCUCUCAAGACACACCAUUCCACUGCUUGCUCUGACUGAGCAAAACGUUUUAUUUUUUUUUUUUUUUUGCGAGAAGCAAAAAACGUUUUUAUAUAUGCCACACUGCCACUGGAGCUAUAGAUGGAUCGAUCCAUUCUUCUGUUUACCUAUAAGUGAAUUCAAUUUCUUCCUAGAUUGUGAAAUGAUAUGCUUCACUUUUAUGGCCAUGGAUGAAAUGGCCAGCGAUGGAUUAUUAAUUGAAACAUGUGAAUCCUUCUUUUUAAUUAAAAUUAAAGUCUA